AUGGAUCUAUCAUUCCCAACUUAAAUAUACCUAAAAGGUGAAGUUUAUGACAAAUUUAUAGAAUGUAAUUAGCUACUGGUAAAACAUAAGUUCGAAGAUGCACUCAAAAUAGCUGAAGAACUUUAACUCAAAUAAAAUAAAGAGGAGAUAAAAGAUGAGUCAUUAGAAGAUAAAAUUGAUGCUGUAAAAGAAGAUGAUCAUAAUGAUGGAGUUUUGGGAUAAAGAGAGAUUGUUUCAAAAUUUAUCUUAAAGUACUUAAAGGUUAAGGUUUUGAAGCACUAAACUAAUUAUCUGGAAGCAGUCAAAGAAGCAGAUUUAAUACUCAACGACCUUGAAAGGAUUGUUUAAGAUUAAAAAAAUUCAUAAAGCUAAGAGUAAAAUUAGCUAAGCAUGAAUCAUUUGUACUUGAAGACGAAGUAUUGCUAAGCUAAAUGCCUUAACAAAGUAGCAGAGUAUACCAAAGCUGAAUUUGCUUGUGACUAGAUUGAAUAAUUCGAAACUAAAUACGAUGAGAAAAACGAAUCUGGAGAAUAUUUAGUCUAGGCUUAGAAGUAUUGGAAAUAUGUGGUGAAGGCAUAGUAUAUUAAAGCUAGGCAAAUGGAAUUGAUGAUGGAGUUUGAAAGUGCAAAAAAGUACCUUGAGGAGCAUGCUAAGCCAGUCCUAAAGAGGAUCAUUGAUCAAUUCUAAGAAGAUAAAAGUCAAUCUUAAACCAAGGAUCUAAUCGACAAUAAGUAUAGUUUCUAAUACAGGAAGUAGUAUACUAGAUACUUAAGAAAAUUCAGAUGCAUUAAUUAGUGUAAUGAUAUCUUGAAAAACAUCUUAUCAGACGAACUAGAGUACUAUGGAUUGAAAAAUCUGGAAAACUAUACUACUGACUAAUUAAAUUAAUAUGUGUAGGAAUAUCAGCAGAGCUAAUAGAAUUUAGCUAAACAUAAAUCUUUACCUUUACUAAAAAUAGCCUAGACAUAUAUUGAGCUAGGAAAGAAUUAUAAGUAUUCUCGCAAGUAAGAGGAAUCUUUUAGAAGCUUUGAUAAUGCAGCUAAGUUGAUUAAGGCUGCAUUUGAUGGUAGUGAAAAUACAUUAAAACAAUCAAAAAUCUUUUCUAAAAAAGGCAUGACAAUAUUAAAAUGCAAUAGUUCAACAAACUUUGAAGAUAAAGAUGUAAAGGAUGCGAUCUAAAAAUUUGAUAUUGCUACUGAAAUACUGUAGAAAAUAUUUAUAAAUACCAAGUUUGAGUAAAGAAAUUUUAUCCUAGCCAAAUUGAACUUAAAAAAAGGUGAUGUAUUCUUGGAGGGUUAGAAAAAAGAAGAAGCUGAGAAGUAUUAUUUAGUGGCCCAAAAUAUGACGGGAUUUUUAUAUACAGAAAACCAUCCAGCUAUAUUAAUUCCUAAUUCUAAACUCUAAAGUUAUUACGGAGAAUCAGAAAAGGAAGAGGAAUUAUUGAAAUGUAAUCAAAUUAGCUUAAAAAAUAUUGAAAUAUCAACUAAAGCUUUUGGAGAUGAUAGUAUUUAUACACUCAAAGCUCAUUACGAUUAUCUGUCCAAUAAGAUCUUAUAGCGAAACUUAGAUGAAGCAUAGCCUAGUAUUUUAAAGUGUAGAUAAAUUGUGUAAAGACAUCACAAUGACGAUCCUAGAAAUCUAAUGAACUAGUACUUCUUCAUGACUCAGAUUCUAGUGGCUAUUAAUCUAAUGGGUACUCCUUAAGAAGAAGCUGCUCAGAGAAUUUUACACUAUGUAUUUUCUUAAUAGCUUAGAUAUGUAGAAUAAGACUCUAGUCACCCAUUCCUUGAGUAAGUUGUACUUAAUUUAGCUAUUUAUUACAGAACAAGCCAGCAAUAUGACUCGGCACUUGUAAUGUUUCUUCAGCUAAAAAGAAUCCAAGAGACUGCAUUUGGACCUGAAUCUGAGUCAGUUAUAUACACUUUAAAGAACCUAGGUGUUUGCUACCUAGCAACAGGAGAGAGUGAAUAAUCAGAAAAGUACUAUAUCAAAGCAAAGGAAAUAAUAGAGAAAUUAAACCUAAUAAGAAAGCCCUCUGAAAAUCAAUCGUAGUAAGAAAAAGAGGAUAAUUAAUAAUUAGCCGCUAUGUACUUUAAUCUUUAUUUGGCAGCAGUGCAAAGAGAAGAUUAUCAAAAGGCUAGUGAAUACAAUUUGAAAUGCUUAAACUAUCAUGUUCUAGUGAGUGGCUCAGAUUAAACUAUUUCAUGCACAAAUUGCUAUUUUAUAGAGUCAUAGAUGGAAUUUAGAUAGCAUAAUUUUGACAAGUCUAUUGAAUAUAUUCAAAAAGCUUUAAGUAUAUUUGAAUUAUAAGAUAGAAGUGAAUUAGGUAGAAGACCAGAUGAGUUGCAUUUGAUUUAGAUUAGAUAUUUAAUUGCUGCUGCUAAUAUCUACUAUGUAAAGCGUGAUUAUAAAAAUGCUCAUAAUAUGGCACUGAAAGCGCGCAAUAUUAGCAAUGAUGGCAGUCUUUUCACAUUUGAAACUAUAACUGAUGCAAAAAAGCAUGCUAUAGAAGCUUAAAGAUUAGUUUUAAAAUCAGAAGCCCAACUUUAAGGGAAGAGUUCUCUAGAUAUGAAGCCGAUUGAGGAAAUUCUUCGUAGAAAUCAAUUAUAGUAUUCAAUCGGUGAGCAAGAAGAAGAGAAAAUAAAGGAAUAGCAAUAGCAAAAAUUAAAGGAGCUCUAGAAUGCUAGUUACAUGAGAUCAGCUUUUGCCGCCUUUGGAUUGGUUUCAUCAACCUCUUUUUUGCUUUCUUACAUGUUACUAAAAAAUAGAUAAUGA